AUGUUUUUAACUGGUUCGGAGACGACAAGCAGCAGUGUAGAAUGGGCACUAACCAGAGCUUUUGGAAGCAAUGGACAAAGUGAAAGCAGAGAUAUCAAAAGUAAUGAACCAAAGAGGAAGUUUGAAGAAAAUGAUAUUGACAAUCUCCCUUAUAUGCAAGUUGUAAUAAAAGAAUUGCUUCGUUUACAUCCUCCACUCCCUUUCUUGAUCCCAAGAGAGACAUUUAAAGAUACUAAGUUCAUAGGGUACGAUGUACCAAAAGGCACUCGAGUCCUGGUAAACACCUGGGCGAUAGGAAGAGAUCCUAAAUGUUGGGAUGAACCUAUGAGUUUCAAGCCCGAGAGGUUUCUUGGCUCAAAAGUGGAUGUGAAGGGUCAACAUUAUAAGCUAAUUUCAUUUGGUUCAGGAUGGAGGAUUUUUGUUUUCUUGCCUUUAGGCCAUCGCAUGAUGCAUUUCGCUCUAGGUUCAUUGCUUCAUGACUUCGAUUGGCAGCUUCCUGAAGGCGUCUCUCCUAAAUCUAUUAACAUGGCUGAAAGCAUGGGAAUAACAGCCAGGAAACGUGACUCUUUGAAAGCAAUACCAAUAAAGGCUUGA